UCCUUCCGUUUUUUUAGGUAUCGGAGAGGUUUACCGUAUCGGUUAGUGUAAUUUUCGGUGUUUCACCAUUUCGUGCUAGCGUAUCUUACAAUCAACAGUUCGGUUUAUUGGAGUGGACCGUAGAGUUUAAAUUACAACUAGUGUAUUAAUUUGGAUGUAAAAGUGUUUAGUGAAAAUACAAGAUUGAAAUUAAAUUUAAACUUUUCGCUAAUAGGAAAAGAAUAUUUUGAUAUUUUGCAAUAAAUUGCGUACAAUUUGCAAACGGAUUUACUAUACUUUUGAAAGAAAAAAGAGCAAAAUUACUUUUACAUUAAUUUUUGUGAAAUUUAGUGUGUUUUUUUUUCUUUCUUUCUUUUUAUGCAAAAAGAGGAUUUCUUUUUUUUCUGAAGUGUACAGUAUCAAAACCCAGACCAUAAAUCUUUGCUUUGACGGCAGGCCUUGCUUUUUUUGACUCGAAUACACAAUUUUAUGACAUUUUUUGAUAUAUUAGAAACGGUUUGCCAUUAAACAUGGCAUUGCUAUCAUCGGACCUGACAUAAAUUACGGGCGUUUAGUUUUUUUCCAGUUAAAGCACAUGCUUGAAACAUGGAUUGUAUAUGACAGGUGGAUUUUUAUAAAAUAAAAAAAUAAAAACUUUAUUGAAAAUAUGUAACCGUGAAAAUAAGUUUUAUUACAAGUAAAAACUAAUGUUUUUUGGAAUAAAUCCUUAUUCAAAUUUGUGAAAAAUUUAUGAUUCAAUAACAAUAAUUGGAUACUUAUCAAAGAAGACAUCAACAUGAAGUUUUACGGACCAUUUACAAUUUUACUUGGCCUGUUUACCCAGGUGUGGGGAAUUCCAAGAAUAACGCUAGACGAUGAUGCUCAAGUGUUGUGUAAAAAAUAUAAAAUGAUGUGUAAAACUGACAAAAUAUGUGCCGUUCAACACUUUGAUUGGCCUAAUAAUAUCACCAUUCCAGUGUGUAUACCACUUUCAUUCGUCCCAGCUGAAUAUUCACAUAUCGUCCGCAACAGAAUCUGCCAACAACCGCCUGCAACUGGAAGAUGCCAUGCGCGUUAUAUUCGUUGGUAUUAUAAUAUUCACGCACAAGAAUGCAGUCAUUUUCAAUAUGGCGGCUGUGAGGGCAACGGUAAUAAUUUUAUGAGCAAGCGAGACUGCGAGCAAACAUGUAUAGCCACGCCUACGAUUCGACUUUACGAAGGCGGCGAAAGUCUACUUCAGCCAUCUGUCAUAACAGCGCCGAUAUACGAACCGCAAAAAACCAAACAAUACGAGGCAUUGAACUCUGUUCUGGAACCUUCGGGUAAUUAUGAUAGGUAUGAGUUACAAAGACACAGAACUAAUAGAAUCCGAGCAGAUGAGGCUGCGACCAGAACGAGACGACGACUUGACAAGGAAAAAGAAAAGGAAAGAAAGCGGCGUGAACGAAGGAAGGAAAAGAAGAGGUUGAGAAAAUUGCAAAAGAAGGAGCAGAGGAAACUUAGAUGUAAGAAAAGGCGCGAGCGAGGAAAGAGAUGUAAAAAUGAUAAAAAAGAUAGAAAGGGAAGAAAAAAUAAGAAAAAGAAGAUGACUGAUAAAAUAGAUGAUGACAAUGAUGUGUCGUCAGACAAAAACACUGACGUUACAGGAAAAACAAAUCAGGUUGUAGAAGAAACUAAAAAUUUGAUAACUAGCGAAAUAGAAGCGGUAGAAGAUAAAGAAGAAAAAGAUGUUAAAGAAACAAAACGAGAGAAAAGAAGACGGAAACGGAAGUUGAAGGAAAAGCGUCGGCUGGAAAAGGAAAGAAAUCGGCGGAAUUUAAGCAGUAGGAGUCAGCAAAGAUAUUCUGAACUUAAUAAAAAAUCAGAAUCUUAUUCUGCAAAACUGUUCUCUAUAUUAGAUCAGGGUAGAAACGGAUACAAACAUCAGAAAAAUAGUUUGCUUCAUACGCUUUCAUGAGUAUGUCAAAACAUUUCGGUUGAUUAAUUAAUUAAUUAUAUAUUUAAUUAGUUAUUUAUCUUGAUAAAAAGCACUGACUCCAAAGUUUGAGGAGCUAAAAUCUUCAAAACUUUUUUUGAAUACAUGUCAGAUGUAUCGAUACAAAAUGUAAUGAAUAACGUGUUUACUUUGAUAUAUGAUUUUAUAAUGAUAGUAAUAACACUGCGGCUGAAAUCUUACUGGUGUAAAAUAAGGGAGACCGCUUUCACCCCUUUUAUUUUCGUACGAAAAAAAUCAUCCAGAUAUUGUCGCAUAAGAUAUAAAAUACCUUUGAAAGAAUUUGUUGACAUUUGUGUUAAUGACGUUGUAUACCACGGGUAAGUUAAAAAGUGAAAAAAAGAUUAAAUGUUUUGGAAGAAAAUAUGGAGAAAAGUUGGUUUUAUAUGUUUAAAACAAUGGCAAUCCCCAUGAAAAAAGGGACUUACUUACACUAAUUUGUCUUUCGAACAAAUGGAAGUCCUCAGUUUUUGAUGAACAAAAAGCUUAACAGCUCCGAUUGUAUCACAUAUGGAUGAACAGUGACGUGUUAAUGCAUUGUUACCGAGGACAGACAUUCAUUAGUGGGACACGUGUUUAAAGGACAUGCGUCAGAGAUCACGUGGCUGAAGCACACGUGGUGACAAUUACAUUGAAAGAUGCAAGUAGAUAUAAACAUUUAUAGAUUGUCGUAUAUUCUAAAAUGAAUUGUUAUGAAUCCAUAUCAUACAUAGGUCAGUACGGUAUGUAAAUUACCGAACAAAAAUACACAUUUUGAAGUUGUAGAAUAUACCUUUGUUCUACUAGUAUAUGUUAACUUUUAUAAAGUGUAUGUAUAAAUUGAAAUCACGUUGAUGUAUAAAGAACGUGCGUAUAUGUUAGUUUGUUUAAAGUGGGUAGGUCUACAAUGAGCACAGUUUCCAU